ACCGUGGUGAGAUAAAUCCAAUUCAAUAAAUGCUAGGUAUUGUGGAACAGUGUUUUGGAGUGACGUAGAGGGCCUGGGAGUGAAAGCCCAAGUCAAAAUGGACGCCUGCAACUCAGUUGAGCGUGAGCUCGAUAAAUUAUUAGGACGGUUUGAUCAGUUUAGGGGUAACUUAGAGAAAUUAGAUGAUCUGAUAAAACACAUCCAGUCUACAAAGAAUGGUUUGGAUGGAGCUCCACCCGGCACACAGUUGAGCCCUCUCCAGGCACAUAUAAUUUCUGCAUGUGGCAAAAAAAUUAAGGAUGCAACUCAAAAAAUUGCAACAGAACACAAAGAGAUCCACAGCAGUGUUUCAAAAGUUGGAAAAGCAAUUGACAGGAACUUCGUAUCUGAUUUUACUGGCACAACACAAGAAGGAAUAUUUUCAGGGAAUGAAGCAGUUUUACUAAAUGAAGCAAUAAGUGAGCAUUUAUUACGGCAAGGCCAUGUUGAUGUGGCUGACAUGUUGAUACAGGAAGCCAAUCUGACACUUGAUGAAAAGCAAAAAGAACCUUUUUUGGAACUUAACCGGAUUUUAGAAGAAUGCAAAAAUCAUAACGUGGAACCUGCACUCAGGUGGGUUCAACUAAAAAGGGAUGAGCUCCAAUCAAAAAACAGCUCUCUUGAAUUUAAGUUGCAUAGACUGAAAUUUAUAGAUUUGGUAAAAGAGGGACAGUGGAGAGAGGCUCUGGAAUAUUCGAAAAAUUUUUCACGAUUUACUACUCAAAUAAAAGAGAUUCAGCGACUAAUGGGCUGCUUUGCUUUCAUGAGGAUUGGAUUGGAGAAUUCUCCAUACUCGGAUUUGCUGGAUCCGGUAAAUUGGCUAGAAAUCAACGACAUUCUUGCCCGAGAUGCAUGCACACUUCUUGGUCUCUCCAUCAGCAGUCCUCUUGAAGUCAGCGUCACCACCGGCUGUAUUGCUCUUCCUACCCUCCUUCAAAUAAAGCAAGUAAUGAGACAGCGACAGUGCACUGGAGUGUGGAGUUCCAAGGAGGAAUUACCGGUUGAAAUUGAACUGGAGAAUGACUAUCGUUUCCAUUCAAUAUUCGCUUGCCCGAUAUUACGUCAGCAAUGCGGCCGUACCAACCCUCCAAUGAGACUGGUUUGUGGCCAUGCAAUCUCUAAAGACGCCCUCAAUAAACUGGUAACCGGAAACAAAUCGUUUUUUGCUUCAAGGUUGAAGUGUCCUUACUGCCCAAUGGAGAUGGACCCAAAACAGGCACAACAGAUCAGGUUUUGAUUGGCCAAGACGUUCUUUGGCUCGAAUGGGUUAAAGUGGUGCAAAUAUUGCGAACCAGGUCAGUUGGCGUUGUGUUGAGAAGGUCAUGAUUUCCCGAAAGUUCAGAUGGACUGUAGCAAAUUUUGUGCUUUGCAGGACACGUUAGAAGGGCUGAACCAUACCGUUAAAUCUCUCUAUUUCCUGUCCAGGGUUUAAUGAGUUCUUUUAAAUUUACUGUUAUCAAGAAAAGUAGACAGUAACCUUUUGCCGACCAAUCGAGAGAAGUCUAUGAACGAAACCAAAGCUACUGCAUAGAAUCAUCUUGAUAUGGAUACAACCUAGUAAUUCUAUUUCACCAAAGAGUAGCAGCAGGUAUCUAUUUGAGUCUGCUGCAGGGCAGGGAAGGUACUUUUUUAAAUACCAGACAGUAUGAUCGUUGAUAACGCUCAGCAAAUCCCAUAGUUCUUGAAGCAACCUAAAGCUUUUACUGUACCUGCUAAAGCGUUAUUUUUAGGCUUUUCAAGGUGGAUUGGCUUUUCUAACUCUCUAUCGCUUCUUUUAACCAAAUCAGAUUGUUUUCUUAACAUACUCUUCAUUUUGGAUACGAUAUUGCGAAAAGGAUAUUCAUACCUCUUAUCUCACUUUUCAUAAGAUGUCUCGUUUGACUGUUGAAUCGCAACUGGCAUCUCUUAUAUGAUGGAUUGACGGUGCUAAUUUUAGGUUUUGAAUUUGAUUUGGUGUAUUUAGGUUUUAAUGUAGAAAAGUGUUUCUAUUUAAAGUGAACAAAAAUUGAAAU